CCGAAAGCCCGGGUUGCAGAGGAGCAUGGGAGGAGAGGGGGUCAGACCUUACUGCAGGUUGAGUGCAUCAGCUUGGUAGUCGAUGUGGAGAGGCCUGGUGCUGAAGGGCACCACCUGCUUGUUGCAGGUGGCAGCUCAGAGGUUUCUGCACCACCAAAGACCCUUUCCCUCCCUCUGUUUGAGACUCAUCAGUCAGAGACUCCUUCACAAACCCACCCAGGCUCCAUACGGGACUACAGACAUCCUCCUGUCACACCUCGGGGUCAGGGGUUAUAAAAAAGAUGCCAAAUCCCCCGUGGAGCUCCCUUUGAGUCCCAUCACAGUCACAGACAUCAAACAGUAUCUACGCUCCAAGGAUAUUCCCUUCCACGAUGGCUACAGCUGCCUCCACAUCCCCAGCAUCUUCAUGGACCCGUCCACGAGGAAGGACGCCUUCUCUUUGUUCAUCAACAAAACCACGGGGCAGUUUGUGUGCAAAGACGCCCUGGUGGAGGGGAGCUGGGAGGACCUGCAGGACUGUCUGGAGGUGAUGCAGAAGGAGGAGCAUGACUUCCUCAGCCCACACGUGAUGCUGGGGCAUCAGGAGAGCAUGGAGGAGCAGGAGGAGAGGGAGCGGGAGCUGAGGGAGGUGCGGGGGAUCUGGUCCAGCUCGGUGCCCUUCGCUGACGUACCUGAGGACGAGGCUCAGCUCAUUAAAACCAUGUUCCAGAUCACAAAGAUCUCCAACGCGACCCUGAAGAAGUUUGGUGUGAGGAUCUUCAAGCCCACCAAGAGUCUGGUUCUACCCUGGUUCGGUGGACCCGACUCCUCCUUGAAGGGGAUCAAGCUCAUUUCUGCCCAAAGGACGGACGAUGACAAAGUCACGUACAACGAAGCCACGGUUCCGAGGAACAGCUCCUACUACAACCUGUUUGGCCUGCCGCUCAUCAGCCGGCUGGACGCGGAGGUGGUGGUGACGGGUCACGAGCUGGACACGCUGGCCGUGAGCCAGGCCACGGGCCUGCCCAGCGUGGCUCUGCCCCGCGGCGUCAGCUGCCUCCCCCCCGUCCUGCUGCCCUACCUGGAGCAGUUCAAGCGGGUCACGCUGUGGCUGGGAGGAGACAUUCGGUCCUGGGAGGCGUCCAAGAUCUUCUCCCGGAAGCUGGGUCUGAGGCGGUGUGCGCUGGUGCGGCCCGGGGAGUUCCAGCCACACCCGGCCCAGGCGCUGGCCCAGGGCAAGAACCUGAGUCGCAUCGUCAAAGCCGCCAUCCCGGCGGCUCACAGGUCCAUCGUUUCCUUCAAGCAGCUCCGGGAGGACGUGUACGGAGAGCUGCUCAACACGGAUCAGGUGGCCGGAGUCAAGUGGAGCAGGUUUCCUGAGCUCAACAAGAUCCUGAAGGGACACCGGAAGGGAGAGCUCACGGUCUUCACAGGUCCCACCGGGAGCGGGAAGACCACCUUCAUCAGCGAGCUGGCCUUGGACCUGUCCAUGCAGGGCGUCAACACGCUGUGGGGCAGCUUUGAGAUCAACAACGUGCGUCUGGCCAAGAUCAUGCUGACGCAGUUUGCCAUGCAGAGGCUGGAGGAGAACCUGGAGCAGUACGACUUCUGGGCAGACAAGUUUGAGGAGCUGCCGCUCUACUUCAUGACCUUCCACGGGCAGCAGAACAUAAAGACGGUGCUGGAGACGAUGCACCAUGCUGUCUACCUGUACGAUAUCAACCACGUCGUCAUUGACAACCUGCAGUUCAUGAUGGGGCAAGAAAACCUCUCCGUAGACAAGUUUGCGGUGCAGGACCACAUCAUCGGGGUGUUCAGGAAGUUUGCAACCAACAGCAGCUGCCACGUCACUCUGAUCAUCCACCCCAGGAAGGAGGAGGACGACCGGGAGCUGCAGACGGCCUCCAUCUUUGGUUCUGCUAAGGCUAGCCAGGAGGCAGACAACGUGCUGAUCCUGCAGGAGAAGAAGCUGGUGACGUGUCCGGGCCGCAGGUCCCUGCAGGUCACCAAGAACCGCUUCGAUGGAGACGUGGGAAUCUUCCCCCUGGAGUUCCUCAAGUCUUCGCUCACCUUCUCAGCCCCCCUCAAAGGUAAGCUCAAGCUGAGGAAGGUCCCGAGCAAGUCUGAGAGCGAGGACGAGGUCCAGGAGAGUCCUGCGGCGACAAGGAAAGGGGAGCUGAAGGAAGAGAAGGUAGAGAAAGCACCGAAAACAACGAAGGCCCCACGAACUGUCAAGACUCCGUCAAGUGGGAAAGAAACCCUCCAGAAGAAAUAAAGAAAAGUGUCAUAUAUAAAUUUAACGUUGAUUGGGAGUCGUUUGAGCCGAAUCGGGCUCAAAACCCUUGCGUGAAGAGCAAAUAAGCUACAUAUAAACGUCCAAGUACAAAAUCAAGACAAUAUGAAAUAUGUUAAAUAAAAGCGUUGACUUGAUGAAACUUUCAGAAUCCAUAAAAUUCAGAUUCAUAAGAAUUUAUUGUGGAAAGAAGGACAUCAGAAUGUAAAAGGAUGUUAUGUCAAACGUGUACUGUAUACACUGUAAGAAAGUAAUUCUGCACGUAAAGUAGGGACUGUGUUUAGAUGCUGCUGUUCUUCAGUGUGGAACGAUACUGUGAUAUCCAGAUCCUCUGCAUUUCACCUAACACGAUUACUGUCUGCUUGCUAGGACUGCAGGGGAAUUACCAGAUUACCAGAAUGUGUUCUCUACUGACUUCUUUUGUAUUUUUUCUAAUAAAAGGCCCGU